UUUUUUUUUGCUAUUUUGAAAACGGGCCAAGCCGUUAGAGUCGGUAUCGUCUAGCCCGCGGCCGAGAGCAUUCCAAUCAUGAGUGAGUGAUGUAGGUAGGUAUCGCCGCCUCCCAAGGGGAGGGAGGCUUCUUUCGUCACAGAUUGAUCGACCUGCGCACCCAAUUUGGGCAUCCAAGCCGCCGGGGGUCGGUCAGGCCCUGGCUACGCAACAACAACGCAAAACCCCCAGCCAGGGUUUGGAUCCGGAAAUAGGUAUGGUGUCCGUGGCCCGUGAGUGGCAGGUCGUACGUACGUGCCUCUGUGUGUGCGUGUGCAGUGCAGUGUCUCUCUUGCAUUUUAAGCCCGGCUGUCCUGCUUUUGUCAAAACUUCGUUUCUGGAUUUACGGAUUGAGCUAAGCUUUACCUUACCUUACCAUCUUCAACCCGCCGUCGAUCUCUUCUCUUCUUUUUUUCUUCUUCUUCGUCCUAUCCACGUUUCUUUCCGCGGCUGGGGAGUGCAGGUCACCUUUUACGUGUAUUUUCCAUUCUCAUUGUCUUUUUUUCAACAGCAAGACAACAACAUUCCAGACUUGACGUCUUGCAUGUGUGUGUGUGUGUUGUGAUUUUUCAUUUCUUCAUACGCUCCUUCGACUUUGAUCAAAUCAACUCAUUCUUUUUCUUCUUGCUCAUCUUCAAUUCAAUUCAACUGUUUCUGAGCUAGACUCGAAAAAAAAAACUUUCUCUGGGCCAAGAUGCUCUCCACAACCUUCUUCCAGUCCCUUCUGCUGCUCGUCGCCGGCGCGAGCCUUUCCUCCGCGAGCCCCGUCUGGCCGCACUACUCGAUAGACGGCGAGCACCUCGAGGUCCUGAACAUGCGGGCCACGACGUCGGUGAAUCCGGCGGCGGUUUCGAACGUGCAGUGUCUUGACCGGAAUAAAAACAUCGUGUUCCACGACCAGAACGUAGCGGAGCUCUCCAUCUGCGGGGGCAUCGCGGGGUCGAUCCAGAAGUGCGGCGGCGCGCCCGAGGCCACGACGGGCCGCUCCGGCAGCGCCGAGUUCAAGCUCAGCGCCGCGACCCCCGGCGCCACCAUCAACAUCUCCAAGGGCCGCUGGGAGCAGUGCGUGCGCGCCGCUCGCGCCGUCUGCCCCACCGGCAGCAUGAAGGCCACGUGUGCCGGCGGCGCGUCCAGCGGCAACGUGGAUUUCACGCUCGAUUCGCCGUUGUAAAGUACCUACCUAGACCUAGGUACCUAUCUGUAAAGGGGCAGAAGGAACACGACUAGACUGAUUCCGCUACCGCUACAUAUGGCAUUGUACAAAGAUCUUGGGAUUGCUUGCUCGCUCAGUCGCACUAUGAAUGAGGACACUGGAAGGGAGGGCAUCGGAACACACAAAAAAAGAGACAGGUUUUUCUUUUCCUUUGUUAAGAGGUCGUUCGGCGGGAGGCGUACCGUGUAUCGGGGGUCUCGGAUACCCUGGCGGACAUCGGGACUCGAAAAGGGGGCGUUUUGGCAGGUUCGGCGCGCAUAUCCAUCCAUCCAUCCAUCCCCCCUUUUUUUGGGUUUUUCCCAUCCCCUCAACGGCAGCCCCGAUUGUAAACAUCGUUGGCCGUUGAUGGUAGACUUGUAUAAAAAAGGUGGCAUAUGCAUAACUCCCCCCCUUCUUACCCCAUCCCCCUAGUUGAGAGCUAGAGAGUUGUUGUUGGGAGGGGAGGGGAGGGGAGGGGAGAGGAGAGGAGAGGAAAAGAACAAAACCAAUGCUGUAUAUAUCCUUCAACGAACGAGA